UUUGGAAUUUACAUAUUUUGUUACAUAUAUAAUAUAAUACAUAUAAUUGUCCAAAUGAAUAUUAUAAAUAUAAUUAUUAACAAAUAUAUUACGUAUGUGCUUAUACGUUCUUACGGUCAAGUUUGCGCACUAAUAACACAUGCGUUCUUUCUUUCGCGAUGCGCGCGUGUACGUACGUGUGUAUCAAGCUCAUUCAGCAUCUGUUUAGUGGAAGAUUUUGUUUUAUUGAUUAGAUCAUUGUUUUGUCUUCGUUUCUUCUGGUAAACCCCAAUAACGUUUACGUUCGCCUUUACGUUUUGCGUUUCUUCGGCUUCCUCUCAAAAGCCAAGCUUGUCGCUGACUUUGUCAUCGCUAUCUUUUUCUGCCGAAAAACAAAAAAAAAUUAUAAGUAGCAUGUCGCGGCAAUUUUUCUGUAGACCUAUAACAACAGACACCAUGUGCAAUGUGUGUGUUCCAGUUAGCUCGAAUGCGCGCGCGUGCAUGGACGACGAGAGAGUGCACGGUGUCUUAAGUAACUCAAAAACGCGCGCGGGCGAACGCUCUGUCCGUGAAACUUUAUCCAACUUCUGCUGUAAGUAGCUUCUAAGCGACUUUACCUUUCUUCCGCGGAGGCGUUUUAUAAAACCCGUGAGUACUAUAAAUCGAUUUUUUCCCGGGAAGGAAUAAACCGUUGCUCUCUAUCGUUCUUCGAAUGUCCUCUCUCUCUCUCUUUCUCUCCCUCUCACCCUCUCACCAUUUCUCUUCCUCUUCAUUCACCCUUUCGCACCCUACAAGCAUCGCUAAUAAGUCGAUCGCUAAUAACGAGAUCUUCAGUGCUACCUUUUUUAUUUAUUUUCCUACACGCCACUUUUUCUCACGUAACUCGCUCGCAUAAUGAAUAAUAAUGCCACAAUAGUGGCUCGUGACGCGUUUGAUUCUAGCGCUUCUGGCAGCGUUAUGUGGCGACGCUGAUCUCCACAAACAAUUGCUUUAUCGUGCUCAGACGUACGUUGUUCGUCGCAUAAGUGAUGCAUCAUAUAAAUUUGAUCAAACGGAGAAUUUGAAUUUUGAACGCAUCAACUCUCCUAUAUGCUGCAACUGAUCUUGUAAAUCUAUGAGAUAUAUUAUAUCCCUGGUGUAGAAUACCGAAUUAUUUGAUAUUAUGUAGGAUUAGAAUUAAGUGACUGUAAGUGUUAAACUUUAAAUGCUAAGUGACGUCAUAUCCAACUUGAAACUUUAAUCUGUAACCGAUAAGAUGUAAAAUGAAAUAGACGAUUUCAAUUUCUUAGUGCUAAGAUGCUGGAUAUGUGCAUCAGCCAAUAAGAGGAAAAAAACAGUACUACAAUUGCCGUCAUUUUGACAAUCUAACCCUUAUUUCUGACAAGCAGAAGUAACAAUAAUGUUUGUGUUAUUGAUUGGCUAACAUUAAUGCCUUAAAAAUUAUUUCCACGAUGUUGUAACUUACUUAAUGUAAUAUAUUGAGAUUCAUAGCUUAAUACUUAUAGUCUAAUGAUGAAAACGAGAUUGUGGACAAAAGACACGUGGCUGAUCUAUGAAAUAUUACUAUUUUAUAUCUACACUCGGUUAACAGCGUUUAAUCUCAGUUAUGAUAAAUCUGCACUAAAUGUAAAUGAAGCGAAGAAACAUCAACCUGUUACGCGAUAACAACAGUACGCUCUCUCGUCCUUCUUUCGUUCUUCGGUCCAUACAUUUUUGACGUCCUUUUUACAGUCCGUUCCGUUAGAGACUGUCCGACAAAAAAGCAAAUAAUUGACGAAGAGCUGUUCUACAUACGUGUGCGUGGUAUUUCGAGAUUUACAUGCGGAUAACGUUUGCCACGCAUCGACGUAAAAAUCGCGUCGUCCCGCUGUGCGUGCGUCAUUAAGAGAACAGACAUCCAGAAAAGGCUGGAAUUUAACGAGCUCCUCGGAAGGAUCCGCGGUCUGGAUGCAAUUCGCUCGCGUGUCUCCUCUCUCUGUCUCUCUCUUUCUCUCCCUCCCCCGUCUCGCUUCGUCUCCCUCUCUUUCUCUCUUUCUCUUUCUCUCCGCUCGUGCCGGACGUUCGUAACGAGGCUCAUUUGGUGGCGCGCACGCGACCAAUGGCGCGGCGGUAUGGUGGCUGCGGCCAUGCCCAGCGGCCAAUAGCGCCACGCGUCACGCAGCUGUCAACUUGGCCACGCCCCUUGCCAGUCCGCACCGCGUCGCGCAUGACGCACUCAGCUCGUCUCGCCGACAUGCCGCGUCGCCAGUCCCUUCUGGUGCGCGCGUGAGGAGAGUGUCUCUCUCUCGCGCGGCAGCGAGAGAGACAGAACGGUCCAUUGAUCCAUCCGCCGCUUCUCCGUGAGACGCGCUCGUCGUGCUCCAGCGUGAUCUAGAUCACGAUCGCCGAAUCACUCUGGGAGACGGAUCCGGAUCCGAGCGGAAUCGCGUUCGUACCACUGCAAGACUCCCGAGCGCAGUCGGUGUUGUUUUUUCGGUGAUGAGCCUCGCGGACGUGUGCUUCUCUCGCUCGGAGCAACGGAAUAGUGAACUGAACUGAAAGGAAUCGCCCCGGUGGGAUUUUCUGGGCGCACGCACGUUUCUACGUUCCAAUGCUCCAUCUCGAGGAUCAGAUUACCCAACAACUUGCGCCAGGGAUCGUCUAGUGCUUAAGUCGAACGCCGUAGUUGAAUUAAUUCUCAGGCUCUUCGGGAUGCACAGUGUUCGGAACGAAAAUGUGAAGAUGCAAUAGCUAAAGAGGACUGUCUCUAUCUACUUAUUACUCCGUUAAGAAGAGUGAAGGGAGGCGUCGUAAUUAUUAUGCAGAUAAAAGGUUACUAAAUUGUCAAGCGGCAUUUGAGAAGGUGAGAAUUCGAAGUUGGAAAACUGUUCGAAGACAUUCGGUGAGGCGAGAGCGUCGCGACAAGGAGAGGCGUCGAUGGGGUUCAAGGAGAGCGAGGGAGACGCUCGUUAAGGCGCCUCUAAUAAUAACCUCGCGCUCGCGAGUGUACCAAGCGGUCUAUAAAUACGAUCGCUGGCCCCGUGGAAACACGAGCCCAGCGUGGAUUUCACGGUGCAACCUGUGUGUGCCGACAGUGAGAGCGAGACGACGAAGAAAGAUCAGCACAAGUCGAAGAAAAAAAAUACGGGAGCGAUUUAUGAACGGGUCAAUUUGGCGGAAGUGUCUUCGACCGAUCAUCGUGUUGGAAUGACUUGAACGGCUGAUCAUCGUUCAGUGUGUUUUAAUCUUCCCCUUGAAACCGUCUCUUGUCUGGUGAACCAUCCUUUACCUGGAAAUGAUACUUUAGCUCAUUGAACAGCAGUAUCCCAACGAUCGAGGUCUAAAGCAAGAUAUCCCGAGAGAUUUUUCUUCGCGGGUGUCUCUUUGAAAUGUUUGUGAUUUACAUCAGUAGAGAACUAGUGAGAGAAUGAUAGUCAGGAACAAGUGACUUCGAUCUGCUAAUCGGUCAGCCGUCGGCACAAAGUUAAUCACAAAACUAAUACCGGAGAGGAUCUCACUGUUUCGAAGGAUUUUUUCCACUUUCAACCGUGAUUCGUUCGCCGAUCAGCUGCUUGCGAUCCAAUCAGCGAGAACGAUUUGUCGAACGAGCAUCCAAACGCAAUCGUGGAUCAAUGAAUGAGGACAGACGUACGAUCAUCCCAACACCACAAUUGCCGACAGUUCGUCAAACGGAAUGUAAAGGAGCUCAUCAGUGCUUUCUCCUCGCGUAGUAUACAGUGCAACGUCUACGGAUUCGUCUGCCCAAUUGUUUAAAUUAGUUGAAUACGGUUUAAUCAAUGACUACAACAGAUAAUGUUACACGAACAGGCGUUUGAAGAGAAUUGAGUGCACGCAGGAGCGAAGAGAUACAUUUGCAUGGGAACGAUCAUCAACGCGUUAAGCUGGCGGUCAAUUUUGACAGACGAUGCCGAUAAGUGUGCCAUGGAAUCAUUGUCAACAACUUAGAUAGAGGACGACUCUAACUUGUGCGCCGUCUUUCACGACACAGAAAUCGCGAUUACAGCAAAACUAAUUCCAAGUGGAGCAGUCUAAGUCGACAACCUGUCUUUGUAGACUGUAGAGCGUUUUUUUUUUUUUAUUAUUAUUAUUAAAAAAGGAGAGUUUAAUCAAUCGAACCUUACGAUAAUCCACAUCAAAUCGAGACUCUUCCCUCGGGACAUUUCGCGUGAAGCGUCUCUUGGAUCGUCGAUCGGCGUGUCGCGCGAUGUCCUCGCUCGGACGUCCCGAGGAUCCCGAGUGAUCCCCGCGGUGGGCUCACCCCGCGGAAGAUGAGCGGCGAGUAAAGAGUACGCUUUCCAUCGCGUAGCGUCGGACCGGAGUACCCGUGAGCGGCGACCCGACGCGGUCCGUCGCGGUCGCGGUCGCGAACGCGAAGCGGGGGAGGACGAUCAUCGCGUCACAACGGUGGAGGGUGGCGGCGGUGCCGUGCGGGGGGUCGUCGUGGACCCCGGAGAUGACGCAGCCAUGAUGGCCUACGGGGGCACCGCUGGUAACGGGGGCGCGAUGGGCCCGUCGUCCGGCGGCGGUGGCGGCGGCAACGGCAGCGGCGGUGGCGGCGGCAGUGACGUUCUAGGUACCGUCGCCGGCGAUUACAGCCCUCAGAGCACGCCCACGCCCUUGACCGGGCACUCGACGACGAGCGGCACGGUGGAGAACGCUUACACGCCCGGCGCGACCGGGGCGGCCAGCUAUAGCCCGCAGGACAGCCCGGCGAGCUCCGCCGGGGGCAGCGGCAACGGCCAGCUGCCGAGCUUCGGCUUCACGCAGGAGCAGGUCGCGUGUGUCUGCGAGGCGAUGGUGUCGAAUGUCCAGGUUCUCCAGCAGGCAGGCUCCGUGGAGAGGCUCAGCCGAUUCCUAUGGUCUCUACCGGCGUGCACCAGGUUGCACCGGCAUGAGAGCGUGCUCAAGGCCAAGGCGAUCGUCGCCUUCCAUCGGGGCCAAUUCAAGGAGCUCUACAGGAUCCUGGAGAGCCACACCUUCAGCCCGAACAAUCAUCCGAAGCUGCAGGCUCUCUGGCUCAAGGCCCACUACAUCGAGGCCGAGAGGCUGCGCGGAAGACCCCUUGGCGCCGUUGGAAAGUACCGGGUGCGCCGCAAGUUCCCGCUGCCGCGCACGAUCUGGGACGGCGAGGAGACGUCUUACUGCUUCAAGGAGAAGUCGAGGAGCGUCCUGAGGGAUUGGUACGCGACCAAUCCGUACCCGUCGCCGCGCGAGAAGCGAGAGUUGGCGGAGAGCACCGGCCUUACCACCACGCAAGUCAGCAAUUGGUUCAAAAACAGGAGGCAGAGAGACCGUGCCGCCGAGCACAGUGGCCAGAGGGAGGAUAAGACCCACGGCGGGGGUCUCGGGGACUCCAGCAGCGAGAGUGGCGACGAGACGAAGCGGCAAUCUGGCCAGCAGCAGCAGCAGCAACAGCCGUCUUCCUGCGCGGUUCAGCAGCAGCAGCAGCAACAGCAACAAAUGGUGGACCAUCAGCAAACCUCCGGCAUGUACCAGCUUCCACCACCGGCUUCCGUCUCAGUUUCCAGCCCGCACUCGUAUCAUCAAAGCCACGGCUCGUCUUUGAGCCACCCGCAUAUGCAGCACCACGACACGAGCAGCGAGAGCGGCGAUGACAAGAGGAAUCUUCAUCACCAGUUGCAGCACCAUCUCCAGGUCGGCACCCACGGCGCCCAUGGCUUGGUCCAUCCUACCGCCACCUUGCCGCCACCACCGCCUAGCUGCGCUCAACAGAAAAGUCAGCUAGAUUACAUGCAAUACUAUCCGCAGGAUUAUCUAAUCGGCACACCGACCUCCGCGGAAUUACAGAAGUCCUUGCCGCACACGGCGACGUCGAUGCAGAUGGGUGCAAUCGCCCCUUCUAUGGGCGGACUGAGCCCCAUGGGCCCCUCGACGAUGCUGUCCAACACUAUGCAGGGCGUCAACACCAUGAACACCAUGUCGAUGAACGGCAUGGGCAUGGGCGCUUAUCAAAGCAUGGGCUCCAUGGGGAUGUCCACGUCGCACGCGAGUUACCACAGCGGCCUCGUGCUGGGCGAAUACCAUUCGUUGUGACCUUGGGCUCCAAGCACACAGAGCAAGAGGAGCCAAGAGAAAACUUAAUGCACAUCGGCGGGAACGGCAAGGCUUCCGAUCGAUCAAGGUACUCGAACGGCUUGCCGAAGUUUGGAUCGCCAAUAAAUUAUUGUCGCCGCAUAAAAACAAAGGUAACGUUUACUUAACACGCCGAUGAUUGACAAAGGUUACGUUUAACUCGGAGCGCUUUGCAUGAAUUUGCCUUUGGUCACUUUUAAUUAUUGAAUAAUGUGAGUUUUAUUUCCAUGAUAUUGAAAAUAUCCUUUUCAUCGCGACGAUAAUUUCUUGGCGAUCCGAUAAUGUCCAGAUAUGUAAGCGAGGAGAAAAGCCUUCUGCGGAUAUAUCGUUGCAUCCUACAUUGAGCUUUUCUCGGUGUAACAUUUAGAGCGUAUGAAGAGCGUCAAAUAGCCGUCUGUCAAAUCGUCGUGUCCACUCCGGCAUUCAGAAUAUAUAUUUUUUUAAUUCUUUAAAUGAAAUUUUUUCCAUAUAAAAAUAUAUAUGAUUGAUUAUGAUUCCAGAAAGCAACUUGAAGUAUACUCAUUACGUAACUUUAUAUCCUUCAAUAUUAAUUUAUUCUUUUUUCAUCGAAAUAUUUUGUUACCUGAAUAAUGCUAAUCUAAACUUAAAAACGAGAUAAAUACUGUGUGUUUACUUAAAAUUAUUCCAUUAAUUUCUAGCCAAAGACUGUUUGUUUAUCUACCCGUUCUUCAAAUAUAUUUUCUCAUAGAAAAAAUUUCUUACCCCAAGAAUCAUCCGUGAAAAAUCAAAGGAUGCCGAAGCGACGAUGACGUUUCCGAACGAAAUAGCAAAAGACAUAUUAGCAUUUUACUUUCUCAGUUCGUACACUCUCGCGGCAAGCCGGCUAGACCGGCUUGUGUUUACCACUAUUUCCAUAAGUAAACAACGGGCGAAAAAUCCCGCCAGCUUUUCUGUCCCAUCACGAUACUUGGCGCCAUACUUUUCUGAUUUUUGCCCGAGCGGAAUAAAUUGCACGAUGAAGCAGUGUUUCUUUUUUUUUUGCGCGAAGUGCACACGAAGUAUGAGCGAAUGCAACUUACUCCCCUUGCUCCCCAUUUCUCUCCUUCACUUCGUAUACGUAGAUUCAAUCAGAUAAUUAAUUUACUGUAAUCAACUAUACGCUCCUCUUACACCAUACGUUUUUUUGUUUGUCCUGUACAUGUACAUAUGUAUAAUACACACGGCAUUCGGCAUAUUACUAAGUUAAUCUCGUUCUUGCUCGCUGCCUACCGGGUGUUCUCAUCACUGAUUUGGAUUCUAUGAUAAUGAUUAAAAUUUUAACUAUUGAAGAAUAGUUAAUUAUUUCUCACGUUUAACUUAAUGUUUCUUGUAAUUUAUAUUUUUCAUAGUUCUUUAUAUUUAUAUUUUUUUAUGUAUAAGGAUGUAUGUGUCACAUCUAAAUAUUACCAAAAAUAUAAAAAUUUUAUACAUUGUUCUAUUAUUAUGAUUAUCCGUAUAAAAUUUGAGCACAAUUUUUUUAUUGAAUUGAAAAUUAUUUAAUUCUUUGUUGUUAUAUGACAAAAAAAUUUUGGUUGCAAAUUUCCUGAAUUUUAGUAUAGAAAUUAAUUGCAAAAAAAUAACAAAAAAUUUGGUUUAUGACUUAUAGAACAUAAAUGACUAUACAAUUUUAAAGAAUUUGUAAAUAAGUACUAUAAAAUGUGACUUUAUAUAAAAAUCAAAAGGAAAUAAAAAAUUAAAUAAUUUUUAAACUAAUAAGAAAAUUGUGCUGAAAUUUUACACACAUAUUCAAUCGUAAUAAUAAAAUAUGAUAUUCUUAAAUUUUUGUGAUAAUAUGAGAUGUAAUGUAACACAUAUAUUCUUAAAAAAAUUCCAACAAUUUUAUUACAUCUUUAAAGGACAUAGCAACAAGAUAUAGAUAAUUCGAAACAAACCAAAUUUUAUGAGAUGCUUUAUUAGUAGGUAACUUAUUUUUUUUUAUGAGUAAGUAACUAUUAUAUUGUGAUAUUGCGUGAUGAUUUAAUUGACUAAAAGCAACUUGUGAAUGAAAAGCUUUAGAGGUACCCCCAGUAGACAGUGAAACUGUCGCAGGAUAAGAUAGUACAUAAGUUAUCAUUUAUUCGCAGUCUGUACAUAAGUAUAUCUAAAGACAGUAAGAAAGAAAGAGAGGUAGAGAAUGUUAUGUACGCGAAAAAAAAGAAUGUAAAGCAAAAAAGAGGAACAAAAGAUUACGCAAGAGUGUGACAAAGACAGAAAAGUCGAGAUGUUGAGAUGAAUACUUCAUUUGUUGACUUAAAAAAGCUUUUUCUUAAUAAAGAGCUCAAAGUAAUCUCGUUUUAAUUUUAUUUUUGUUUGUUUUGAAAAUCUUACCUUUUUUUAACUAAAGCUUUUAUAUUUUUUCGUCAAAGAAGUAGAAUAAAAAAUUCUAUUGUAUGCUUAAUAUUUCGAUUUCUUUUUUUUUUUUAUCGAAGAACGCGAAAUGUAUAAAAGAAAUAAUAUAACAAAACUUGUAAAGUCGUUUUUAAAGUGA